AGUCUCUUGGACGAUCCCUUUAUAAGGACCAUCUUUCCCCUCAAACCUCAGUCUGCUUCAUCUCCUGCCAGAGCAACACAUCCCUCCAACUUCCAGCUGAACUGAUUUUUUAACAAGUUUGUCAGAAACUCGUCGAUGGCAUCUAAAAUGAAAGACAGGAAGAGAACUCCGAUCUCUCACAAAGUCAUUGAGAAACGAAGACGGGACCGCAUUAAUCGUUGCCUUAACGAAUUAGGAAAAACAGUACCAAUGGCACUGGCAAAACAGAAUUCUGGAAAAUUGGAGAAGGCUGAAAUCUUGGAAAUGACAGUUCAGUACCUGCGAGCGCUGCACUCAGCAGAUUUCCCCCGUGGCAGAGAAAAAGGUGAAUUGCUGGCUGAGUUUGCAAACUACUUCCACUACGGAUACCACGAGUGCAUGAAGAACCUGGUGCACUACCUGACCACAGAGGACAGGGCUGAAACCAAAGACAUCAAGUACGCACGGAUCCUCGCCUUCUUACAGUCCAAGUCCCGUGUGGUCACUGAGCCUGUGUUCGGCUCCGUCGGCGCGAUGCCAGACCCGUCUGACUACCUCAGCCAGCUGCACUCCUCUCCGGAGCACCAAAGCCACAGUCCCUCUGACUCCGUGUACCAGCAGAGUCCGCCGGGACACUUCUCCUGGCACAGCUCGGCACGCAGCCCGGGCAUCUCGUACCCAACAGUGCCGCUCUCUGCGCACACACAGCAACACGGUGGAUACUUGUCACCGGUGCAGGGACUCGAUCACCACUAUUUCAACUUCAUCGGUCACACACACAACACGUUUAGUUUGCACAGUGCGCAACACGCCAUGUAAAUAGUUUUGCUAUGUUUUGUUGUUGUUUUAAUUUAUAUAUUUGUGAUUAUGGAAAUAGAUCUUGUACAUGUUGUGAAUAAAUAUUUCUGAGUAAAACGCAGCUUGUUUUGUCACAUCAUUUACGCUCGUGCGUAAAGACCUCCAAAAUUACAAGCUAUUACAAUCAUGUUCCUGUAAGAAUAAAGUGCUUGGGGAAAAAAGAUAAGGAGCGAGAGAAAACAUUUCCAAGUGCAACUUUGUGAAAAGAUGUUUUAAAAUGUUCAGUCUUCAGCGAAUUUAUAGUGAUUUUGUGAUUUUGCCCUACACAAGUUGUUGAGUAGAAAAUGAACUGACAGCUAAACAAGAGCUUUCAUAUCUUUCAUAUCAUAUGAAACAAAUGUAGCCUAGUAAAAUAUAACUGUUUAGAGUAAUUUGUCAUAAUAAAGUUAAAGUAAAAUUA